UUGACAAUUAGCCAUCUUGCAUGCAUUUUUGUGUUCGUUAGCCUGUGCUUAUGCUUAUUUUUACGCUCAUAAAUUAUGAAUAAUAAAAUUAACGAUAUUAUACAAAACUUUGUGAAUGGUAAACGCAACAAUAGCGACGACGAUGUUAGCGUAGAGUCAUUCAAAACCGCAAAGGAAUGGAAAUGGAAAACAACAAAAUGUGUCCCUCUGCUGCCCAACGAAUUGCAGUCACUUGAUAAGAAAUUAAAGCGAAUAAUAUUUAUUCAGCAAACGGAUCAAUCGUAUCAUUUGGCCCUGGACGAUAUACGCGACCAGGCUGAAAUUUCGAUAUUGGUGGAGCCGAGUUUCUAUGGAAGGCAUUGCAGCACAUCCGUCAUUGUAAUUGCCACAGCAAAUAACACAUAUGUGUUUGACAUGAAGGCAUUGGGUAGUAUUUUUAAGCCCCUUGCGUCGCUUCUGCAAUCGGAAUACCCUAGAAAAAUAAUGCACUACAGCCAUCGUAUAUGCGACUUAUUGUUUCACAAGCACAACCUUCAAAUUAAUGGAAUUUGCGACACAUUUGUGGCUUUGUGUGUGGCUCGUCAAGAUCGGACGAACUGCACAUUACGGGAUGCCAUAUCACAUACUUUCAAUAUACCACUGUCUGAACUUACCUGCGAUGAGAUCGAUGGGCCUAGCGAAUCCAGUCGCAAUUUUACCGCACGUCCGUUGUCCAGAGGACAAUUGCAGUACCUCGGAAAGCUUGCUAUACUGCAACAAAAACUUCACGAUCGAUUAAUAUAUGGAAACAUAAAUCUGGAGUUGCAGCAAAUGUCUCAGAAAUUCAGUGAUGAAUUUAAAGAAAAUAAGAACGUUGAUCAAGUUGCGCUGAAUAUGAACCCAGGAAGCAAUAGUGGUUUCAAUACAAUUGAGCAAUUUUUUAAAAUAUCGACCAAAAUAGAUUAACAAAAGAAUAAUAUUAGCCAGUGGCAAUUUACCAGCUUUGUUCUGAUAAUCGCUAGUUUUUGCGAUUUAUUUGUCAUUUUAUAUCACACUAUCCCUAUUAAUUAAGGCGUGCUUCGAUUUUCACUUUUUUUUAACUUAUUCCCAAUAGCUUAUGUCAGAAUUUUGCAGACUAAAUUCACAACGAGUUGCUGAAUUGAACUUUGAUAAGUUGAUAAACGCUUAAUGUAGGUUCCCUUAUUACAACAUUAAAAAAUAAAUUUUGUUAAAUGCUGUAAAAUUAAAAGUGAAAAACGGAACACCCCUGAAUAUUUCGUCACAUUUUCGCAAAGGUACAUUUAGUAUGUUACAGAAACCGAAUUGUGCAGGAGAGUGGUAACUAUCAGACCCCGAAAUGUGUAGCUGCUGCCCUGCGGAAUAGGGAGCUAAAUAUUUUUUAACAAUCAGUCAUACAAUAACAUUUCAUCACCGUCAACUAUUGUUUUACUGUUCCUUAAAAUGAAACGCAGACACAAUAUCUCCUUUGUAUAAAAGCAAAACACAAAUUUUCAUUUAAAUCUAAUUUUAAAAAAUAUUUGGGCAUUUCCACAGAAAUGUAAACCGUACCAAAAAAAAUAACUUAAAAAUGAUUAAAGUCUAGCAUUUUUUGAAAUGUUGUUCCAGAAACAUUAUAAAGUUAUACAGAUUCAUCGAAAGUGAUCAUAUUUAACCUUUACUAAUUUAAUUUCGGAAAUAUUUUGCGUAUAUUAUAUAAAAUACAUUUUAUGAAUUACUGUAAAAUAGAAAGUGGAAAUUCAGAACAGGCCUUAUAAUUAUAGUGUUAAUCAAGAGCAAGUUAAGCGUUUUGUCAAACUAAAAAAAUGGUUUGGCAUUUGGGCAUUUCCACAGAAAGUUCCAACGCGGCCAAAAACUUAAAAUUUAUCAAAAACUCACAUCUUGUUAAAAUUUUAUUCGGAAACGAUUUAAAGUUACUUAUUUAAACAAUUAAAACAUAUAUUAGCCAACUAGAAUGAGCAUACCGAAUGCAAAUUAGAAUAAAUUGAGUUUUUCUUUA